AAUCAUCGAUGUAAAUUGUCUUAUCGUAUUAACACGUAUACUCACAAGGCGCAAAAUGAAUCCUCAUUAUGGUGUUAACUUUGUCAUGUUAAUUAGCUUAGGUUUGACACUAGCUCAACAGUGCAAGAAAAAAGACAUAGUAAAAUUGGAAACCAAAAUUGUUAAAUUGUGCGCUGCAGUUAAAGAUGAAGUACAUAAACUUGAUAACAAAAUAACUGAUCUUUUGGAGCGGUUAGAAGCUACGCCCACUGUAAACACUGGGCUCCUUGACCUCUACGCUUGCAAAGAGGGAGAUUGUAUUGGUAACGAUAUAUCCAGUCAUGACGUGGAUAAGGAAACAUGCGCAGUUCUGUGCCAACAACAGUGUCAAUGUGUUGGGUUUGUCUAUACUUUGCAUCCUGAAGCAAGUAAACCAUGCUGGCUGAAGCGUGAAAUAUGCGAUACUCCAACAAGACUCCUUGACUUAUACGCUUUCAAAGAGGGAGAUUGUGUCGGUAACGAUAUAUCCAGUCAUGACGUGGAUAAGGAAACAUGCGCCGUUCUGUGCCAACAACAGCGUCAAUGUGUUGGGUUUGUCUAUACUUUGCAUCCUGACGCAAGUAAACCAUGCUGGCUGAAGCGUGAAAUAUGCGAUACUCCAACAAGUAUGACCAACACGCAGACGUAUUACAAAGACUUUGGGAAAUGUGUAUAA